AAUGGACUGCUGAGUGGAACCUUUCGUCCUAUCGCUUCUUAUAACAGGGGGAUUGAAGUCGAAGGCAGGUAAUCAAAAUGCCUUAGGAGAUGGCGGACGGUGGGAGAAAGCUUGUAAUGCUCGACGACCUCAUCGAUGCCCUGGAUAAGCGCGAGAGAGCGCCGAGCAAUAUCCCGAAGGUUGAUACUUUCCACUUCAAGGGAGAACGGGUGUCCGACUGGCUGGACCUGACGGAGCAAGCACUGGUGGGGCUGUCGGACGAGGUAAAGCUCCAGCGAGUCCUAAGAUAUGUCCUUCAUAGCCACCAUCAAGAAGUGGGCAAGGUCGUGGAUGCCGCCAAUGGUAGUUGGGCGAGGUUCAGGGACAUGAUGCAGAGAAAGUACAGGUUGGGGGAUGGCUUGCUAACCAUGGCGGAUUUGGAGGCCAUGAAUAAGGAUGACUUCUCCACGAUUGGGGCGUUUGUGCACGAGUUUAAAAGGAAGGCGCGGAAGGUGCACGAGAUCUCCGAAGAAACGCAGUGUGCCAUAUUUUUGGGUCUGCUUACUGGCUCGGAGGCCUCGGAGCUGACCUGUCACGGAGGGGGAAAUGAGAAACUCACCUGGGCCACUAUCGACAAAGGGGUGAAAGAGGGGAGCCUGGACCAGGUGGAGCAACAUCAGGUGCGGCUGCAAAGGCGCAAGAGAAAGGAAAGGGACGCCACCGCGUCCGGGACCCCAGGGGUGAAGAGGAUCGUCACGGACGUAUUGGCAGCUCUGGGGUAUGAUAAUGAGGCGGAAGUGCAGAAGAGGGGAGUGACUGUGGCCCAAGGCCGGGCGUCGGGGGCAGUGGAAGAGGAGGAUAGGCACGAGGACUAUGGCGGAGAAGAGACGGGCUCCCAGAUCCUAACCAAGGCCCAGAGGAAGCAACGGAAUUUACAAGUGGGGGGUCAAGGAUUCGGAAAAGGGCAGGUCCCGCAAGCGAUUGCUGCGCCACCACCUGCUCCCACGCCAACGUCAGCGACGGCCGGGCCGUCGUGUAUGGGGCCGCCGCUGGCUUGUGGGCAUUGGGCGGCUCGAACCAGGAGCCAAAAUAAGGCUGGGCCUAGUCAAGAGCCCAGUCAAGAGCCCAGUCAGGCACCCCCUCGAAAGGAGCCGGAGCCUGGACGUAGGAAGGAGGUGGUGGAGGUUCCGGAGGAAGAGGAAGAGGAUGACGAUAAAGAGGAUGAGAGGCUCCGACAAGAGGAGGAUCAGCGGGCGGAGCUGAGGGCCAAAAAGAGAGGGGCCCAGGAGGAGGCCGAGCCAAGCCUGCCCGACAGCGUGCCUAAGAGGAAGAAGUACGCGGUCCGGAUGGAGGAAGGCUUUGAUGUGGAGCGGAUGGUGGACAAACUCCUGAAAGGCCAUAAUGACAUGAUGAAACUAAAGGACAUCCUGGCUUCGGCGCCAAGCCUCCGUGGUGAGUUGAAGGGACGACUGUCGCGAAGGCUGGUGCCAAAUGUCCAUCUGAGUACGGUCCUGCUUAGAGAGGUGGAGUGGAGUGAGGCAGGGACAAGGAUGGAUUGGAAAUGUGUGGCGUGCGGGCAGGUGGAUUUGGUGAUAAGGAACCAGAAGUGUACUGGGAUGCUGGACACGGGCGCAGAGAUGAACAUCAUCAGGGAGAAGGAGGCAGUGAUGAUAGGCAUGGAGAUCGACCGCUCAGACCAUGGCAUGCUACACAGCGCUAACUGCAAGGCCGCCUUUUGCGGCACAGCGUCAAAUGUGAUUAUAGAGAUUGGGAAGGUGCGAGCCAGGACUUGCUUUUUCGUUAUGCCCGAUGUCGAUCACCCCAUCCUUCUGGGGCGGUCGUUCCUGUGUCGGACGGAAAUGUUGAUCUUCAACAAGCACGACGGAACAAUGAUCCUGCUCCUGUGCGACCCGGCGUGUGGGAAUUAUGAAGUUAUCACCUGUUGGAACACGGGGCCGGGGAGCGGGAGGAAUAGGCCCAAUCUAGGCUCGUUCACCUUUGAGGAGUCAGAGAACGAGCGGAGACGGCCUUGGGAAGUGCCCGAGGACGAAGAUAGGGCUGAGGUGCUGACAUUGAGCCUCGCGGAUGUGAAUAAGGCCAUGGAGGUGGUAUCGGCUCACGACAUGGCGGAUCCGGAGGCCAUUAAGGCAUUGAGGGAACAGGUUUUGGAGAACCCUCAGGACUUGCAACGACUAAAUGCGGUGACAGUGCGGGACUCGGGAGGAUUGUCGAACGCGGACGCAUUGUCAGAAUCGUGCGCAGGGAGACCUAUAAUCUUGCUUAUAGACCUCUACUCAGGGUAUGACCAGUUCCCCGUAUACCCGCCAGACAGGUCCGUAACGGCAAUGCACACUCCCAGAGGGCUGAUUCAUAUGAGCGUGGCGCCUCAAGGUUGGACGAAUGCAGUGGCGAUGGUGCAAAGGCAUAUGAUCAGAGCCAUGCAGACGAUCAGCCCACAUAUCACUCAGCCCUAUAUCGAUGACCUGGCGGUCAAAGGUCCGAAGGAGAAGGAGGAAGAUGAAGUGAUGCCCGGUGUGCGGCGCUUUGUCUGGAAGCAUGUCCAAGACAUCUAUCAGGUUCUGGGGUUAUUGGAGGAACAUAACCUGACGGCGAGCGGCCCCAAGUCGAAACAUUGUAUGAGGGAGGCCACGAUUCUAGGCUUUGUCUGUAAUGAGAGUGGGCGAAGGCUUGAUGUAAAGAAGACAGACAAGAUUCUCGAGUGGCCGGUAACCUUCCGCUUAACAUAUGUGAGGAGCUUCCUUGGGACGUGCGAAUUUUGGAGGAGCUUCAUGAAGGACUUUGCCACAAAGACGGAGCAUUUAAGAAAGUUGGUGCGCCAGGAUCAAGAAUGGGUCUGGGGCGAAGACCAGGAAGAGGCAGUCGGUAGGAUGAAGGGAAAGUUUAGGGAAGGAGGCUUGGUAUUGGGAGCGUCAAACUAUGAGGCCACGGAGGAAAGACCAUUCAUCAUUGAGACGGACGCUACGCCAACUUCCCUGGGAGAGGUCCUGAUUAAGGAAGAUAUUGAGGGGAAGGAGAGGCCGCUAAGAUUCGAAAGUCGUACCCUGAAUACAGCUGAGAGGAACUACUCUCAGUUCAAGAAGGAGACGCUGGCGGUACUUCAUUGGGAGAAUGGGUGUAACUACAUCUUCGAUGCACGGGAUAACCUUACUGGGUUUGUGGACGGACGAGCCAUCCAGACGAAGACUGGCCCGGUUCUGGCGAACUGCAUCGAGGAGUAUUACCUGCGAUACCCUUUUGUCAGGGAGUUCGUGAUGGAUCGAGGAUCAGAGUUUACCUGCAAUGAGGUGAGGACGUUGCUUGCAGAGUCUGACUUUUCGAAGACAUCCAUGCAGAGGGGCGGGAGGGGCACGCGGCCACGACAGAGGCCUCAGGGAGCAUCAGGAGGGGAUGACUCGCGCAAACCGGUUGGGAGGGAGUCUACGCCUAUCUUCGACGACGGUAACAUAGAGCUUUUUCCAGACUCCUACCAGGCACAUGCGACACCGGAGGGCUGGUCUACCCUGGAAAGGAUACGGCACCUGAGGGGAGUUAGGCGCUUCGAGGAGCCUAUUGCGCACAUUCAAGAGGAGGCGUUGACAUGGCAGGAUGUGGAGGCGAGGAUGCAGAUGUUGAGGGCUUCGCCGAUGGGACCGGAUGGAAUGCCUAUUCGAUUGGAGGAAGGCAAUGCGGAGGAGUUCAUCCCGGCCUAUGAGCAGUAUAUGCGCGACCAGGGGACUGGGCAAGAGGAGAUGGAGAUUGAGCGUGCAGAUAGGAGGAUAGGUGAGGUGGGGAUCUCAUCCUUCCAACGGUACUCCAUGCUUAGCGAUGAGUUGGCGGCCUCGAGGUUAGAGGUGGGACAGUUGUCCACCCAGUUGGCAGAAGAGAGGCGAGAGAACCAAGCAUGGAGGUCCCGUAUGGAAGUCAAGGAAGCGGAAUGGGAGAAGAGGCUUCAGGACAUGGCGGCGAUGGUGGAGAGGCUCUCGGCCACUAAGGUGGUCGACUGGACGGAGCAGAGCCGAUAUGGUAUCCAGGGGAAGGAGGUACAGGGGCUCUUUGGCCGGGAAGGGACGACAGAGCCACCUCAGCAAAGAGGUAUGGGGAAGGUAUUCCUGGACCCAAUAGAGGCGGCAGCACGGCGGGAGGCCGAGGAGGGGAGGUUCAGCUUCAGGACGCCCACGGAGUUGGCCUCGCAACAAGCCACCCCUAUGACGAUUGAGAUCCCUGAGGGCGAGCUGGCGCAGAGACCCCAACCUCUAAAGGAGGAAGGGGGCCCCACAGAGGAGUCCCCUACGAUCCUUUUGGAGGUGCAGGAGGGUGCCCUUACGGGAGCAGCAGCAUCCACUGAACCAGGCAAUGCGGGGAGAGGUGUCUCGACUGGAUGAGUUAGUGGCAGGUAUGGAGUUGGACAUGCCGUGAGGAGAGCCUCAGAGACAGAAGACCCCAGAGCGU